GGCUAGAGUGCUGGACAUUCUUUUCAUAUUACAUGCAGAACAUGAAAUGAACUGUUCAACAGCUGCUGCUAGGCAUCUUGCGUCAGGGUACGAAGCAAAAAAUGUCAGUUUCGGACACCGUGUACACAAAAACUAUGAUCCGACAGCAAAAGUGAUAAAGAAAUUGGCGGAGAAAGUAUUUUCCAUUGUUGAUCGGGAUCCCCUUAUUGACGAAUUUAUCAACUUCAAAUUUUCUUUCCGACAAGAAUGUAUUUCCACUGCUGUUGCUGUUGCUUUGGAGAAGACUGCAUUAUCUGAUGAGUACUUUAUUAAGAGGAAGCUCUAUCCAAAUGUUGAUUUCUAUUCGGGAUUAAUGCAUCGUGCAAUGGGAUGUCCGCCAGAGUACUUCACUGUUUUAUUUGCACUUCCUCGAAUGGCCGGUUACCUAGCACAUUGGAGAGAGUCUCUAGAUGAUCCCGACACAAAGAUAAUGAGACCAAAACAGGACUUCCUGAUUCUCCGUUUUGCCUUUGAAAUUUCAGGUAUAUACUGGGGUAUGGCUGAGGCACUAUAUGCCACUGAAAGAGGGGACGGUGUCACCCGAUGCAGACAAGUUAGGUGAGGUGUCUAUCUCAAAUGCCUGUAGGCGGCAGCUUGCUAGAUCAGGUGUUUAGGCUUUAUUUUUAUUUUGAUGGGAAGGAAACGGCAGAGAAGAAAUAAACUGACCUGAAUGUCUGUCAGUGGGAAAUAAUUGUAGAUGUGUUUGUGGCUCUCUAUGUCAAAAAGUAUAUGUUAGCUCGACACUCAAUCGUCAUGACUGUUUCAGUAUUGUUUGUUGUGAAUAAGGCAAUUCACUCUUU